AUGAUCUGGCCUAGACUUGAGGAAGCAAAACAAGUUUUAACACUUUAUCAUUUUCUGAACACUCUUCUUUCGAUCACUUUCCUGUGCGCAAAGGGCAUUCCGGAGUUGUGUCCAUGGAUCUUUGCCACCGAAGGAGAGGAAUGCACGAUUGAUUCGCGUGAACGAGAAAUCCUCAUGUUCUUGGCUGUAAUAAUUGCGUGGAAAGGAAGGAAAGCAACGAAUUGGCUCCAUUACAUCAAUAAUGUUUUCUUAUUUUCUAAAAUAGCCAACAUUGCACUGUUUCUACGUGCUGAUGCGCUUGUUGGUAUUAUAUAUCUGUUGGUCGUUGUUGCCAUCACCGUGAUCGUUCCUGAACCAAUUUACACUGGUCCAGAAAAAAUUACUUAUUUCCAAGGAUCGGAACUUUUCGAUGAGCUGAACAAUGACCGGAAAUCAUUCUUUGUCAUACAAUUCUACACAACAUGGAGUCCCGACUGUAAACAUGUGACUCCUGUGUUCGCUCAACUCAGUGACAGGUUCUCCCUCCCAAACUUACGUUUCGGAAAACUCGACAUUGGUCGAUGGCCUAAAGAAGCAGAACGCUUCCGCGUCAAUGCACAUCCAACUUCUCGACAACUGCCAACCAUAUGUGUUUUUAGAGAUGCCAAGGAGUUGAAGCGAAGACCACUGGUUAAUGAGAGCCGGCGAGCUAUUCCAUUUGUUUUUAAUCAGGAUAACUGUAUCCUUGAGUUUGAUCUCUUAAAUAUACACAAGGAAUGUAUGGAACGUCUUUCGAGCAAAGAAAAGAAAGAUAUCGACGCAAAGAAAACGCGAUGA